AUGAAGGCAGUUACCUAUUCCGAUUCAGCGCGUAUGCUCAUGGAUGCGGAGAAACACAUGUUCGACUGCCAUGCCACAGCGGUUGAGAUAUACUGUGAGCGUUUGCGGGACCUUCUCGUCCCUCUGCCGAAAGCAAGCGAAAUCCCAAAGACGGACCACAGGCCGCUCGUCCUCCGCGAAGACCCCCAGCGCGGCGUCCUGGUGUCGGGCUUGAGUGAGAAGCGCGUGAACUCCGCGGAGGAGCUGCUUUUGCUCUUUCGAGGCGCCCUCCUGCGACGCAGAAUGCGCGAAACUUCCAAAAACACGACGAGCUCAAGAGCGCACACCGUGCUCUCUCUCCACAUGCGGACUACGAUCAAAACAGGAGAGUCUGUUCUCGAACGCCGUUCGUCUCUCCACUUGAUGGAUCUCGCGGGUGCCGAGCGACAAACGCCUCCGCCGCAAGACCUCCCCUCCUCCGUGCCCGCGUCGUCUCUCUGGCUCUCUUACGCUGCAGUGAAUGAAAAGAGGAAACAAGAAAAAACGCUCAUGGAAGAGGCUUGCUUCAUCAAUAAGAGUCUCAGCACUUUGGUCGCCGUUGUCGCAGAAGCUGCGAACCGAGGAGGCGACGCGGAGGGUUUGGCGCCGCCCUUCUCUGCCUCCGUCUCAUCGUCGCUGGAGCCGUCGCUUUCGCCCGCGGCCUCCGCGCCCGCAUCGUCUGCUCCACGACGCUCUUCACCGCCAUCCCUCUCCUCGCCCUCAGUUCCCGUCGCGGUUUCUGUUCCCUGCAGCUCCAGCGUCGACCGCGAUUCCUUGUCGUGCACCUCGGGGGCGGCCUCCAAACGCUCUCCCACGGCGCGUGGGGACGCGUGGCUGCCUUCGCGGAGUGUCCCUGCGACACGCCUCGAUGCUCAGCGGAGGGCGAGCCAACCUCACCACGCCCAACCCGCACGGCUUCUGCUAAGGGCCCGCGACUCCAAACUCACCUUUCUACUCAAAAAUGCUCUCGAUGGCAAGGCGCGCGUCACGCUCAUGGCGACUGUGAGCCCCUUGGCUGCGGACUUCUCAGCGUCUUUAUCGACCCUGCAGCUCGCCCAGAAGGCGCGGCAAAUCAGAGGCCGCCCUCCAGCGCCGCAACAGCACACGCCCCCUAGGACUUCUUGCACCACCUCUGCGCUACUAGAACAAGAAAUUCUCCGUCUCCGAGCCCUCCUCUCACAGUUCCAACACGCGCCACAGGCUGUCCGUUUUCCUCAGUUGCCUCCAUCUGCAUGCGCCCCUGCGCCGCCUUCGCCGCUUGUCUCUUCGUCCGCUUCUUCGCCGGGGCUUGUCUCGACCUUGUGCAGCGACGCGACGGUUCAGCUUAGGCGGCCAUUUGCCUUUCCGUCGUUCUCCUCGUCGUCUUUCGUCUCUGCCCCUCCCCCUCCCCUGGCUUCUCCUUCGUCGACUUCUCUAUUUUCUUCGCGUGUGUCUUCUUCCGCAUCAGCUUCGUGUCUAUUGCACAGCCAAACGCGAGGAAACGUCGCGAGUGCGAUAUCGGCGCGUUCGCCUUCUUCGUUUUCUUCAACGCCCCUACUGCCGCCGGCCUCGCUAAUGUCGCCUUCGCUCGUCCAUCUGCAUGCCGUCCCUGCUUCGCACGCCACGCGCACUCUCCCGGCAGAGCGGUCUGAAGGCGACUUUUGCGUCGAGCCCAAAUGCGGAGUGGAAUCCCUCGCCCAUGCCGCUAAGGCGGCGCGGGAUAUCGCCGCGGUGGACGCAGAGGGUAGACGAAGCGAAGGGCGAGCCAGCAGCCUCGAAAAACGCGAUAUUACGGUGCGAGAGAUCAUGGAGUCCUCAGAGGAAGAGCGGCGGAAGACGCAGGCAGGAACCGGUACCAAACUCGAACAUAAUAGCGAAGGCGAGAACGAGGCAUGCGACAGGGUAGUACGAAAACGCACGCAGGGCCGCAGGAGAGAAGGAGACGGCGAACCCGACACAAGAACAAGGGUGGGGGAAAGCACAGAAGACAACAACAUGAAGGUGAAGCCGACGCAAAAAGCGAUUCUGCUCAACGCAUCCGCCCUGGACUCCCGCAGGCAUGACGCGAACUACGGUAGAACAGCUACUCGAGAGAGAACGCAAGGAAAUGUGAAAGCGAAAGUUGAAGAAAAUUCUACACCUUCUUUACCGCCUCAAAACUAUGCGUUGUCAUCGGCGCAGGCGCGGCCAGACUGUGCUCACUCCUCUGUGGAAGGGCACAGAAAAGCGACACAUUUUAUUUAUCUGAGUUUCCUGACACGAGCUGUGCGCCUCGAGCGGCAACUUCACGCCGUGAGACGCGACCGAGACCGUCUUUUGAAGCGCAUUCGCCUUCUGCAGAAGGACCGGCGGGGGAGACGCACUGCGUUUAGCCCCUCCGCCGUCAACCAGCUGCCAGUGUCCGCUGACUUGGAAAUCCGCAUGGAGACCAGUGAGCGGCCUCAGAAGCCAACUGGAGCAGAUUCCGAAGACGCGACAGCAGCCUACUGCGAAGUCAGGAAAAAGAGAAGUUUGCCAGACAACCAAGGCGUGCAUGAGGCGGAGAACGGCGAAGAGAGAAACGCGGAGGAGGAGGCAGAAGCCGCGAAUGUGCAAAGAGCGCAGAAAGACACGCGCGGUGAUGCCAUCGAAGAGACGACAGAAGAUGGAGGCACACGACGCGAGGAACGUGACACUGGCGCACCACCGCAGCAACUCGCAGCGCGAGGACGCGGAACGGCGAAAGGCGAAAGCGAAGAAGAAGAAAAUGCGGAGACUGGAUCACGCGCUCAAGGUGAAGACAACGGAACAAGCGAGCUCGAACCAUACGCCACCGUGAGGCCUUUUGAGAAGGUGACGAGAGACAGUAGAAGGGAGACCUUCGACGACGCAGAAAGCAGCAUCGUGGAAUGGACGGAAUACUGUGACCGGGAGGAAGGUCAGCGAAGUUUCACGCCUCUCUCCGCGGACACGCGGCGUCAGAGUGGACGGCCGAGUGACACGCCGAUCGGAAAGGGCGAGACAAAGAGAUAUCUCGCCCUACGCAGCAAGAUGGGAGCGAUCUGCCCAAUGGACAGGCACACCCCCCUCGCGCAGGAGUGGCGACAGAAGGAAGCACGGUCUCGAGUCUCGGUCUCUCUCAGAUCUGCGUCACUUGCUCCAGCUUUGCCUCUGCGGCCUUCUUUCGCGUCCGCAUGCGCCUCCUUCCUCGCUUCGUCGGAGUCGCAGCGGCCGCAGAGCCCAGCGGACGAGCUUGCACAGGGGAUGACUGGCGCGCAUGCGAAAGCGUGCGCUGCCCAAGCUUCUGAUGGAGCGCGCCGAGAAGACCUCUGCCGCUCUGGCGACGGCGACCGCUCCAGCGGCUUUUCUGCCUCCCUCGUCCUCCCAUCAACGUGCCGCACCGGCAGACGAGCGGCUACACUCUGUCCGCCGCAGGCCCUGGAGGCAAAAGCGAAUCCAGACGCGGAGUGCGACAAAGAAAAUGAACUCCGGUUUUCCGGCUAA